CUGAGAUCAAACCCCUCACACCUGAGACAACUGGAUCUGACUAAUAAUAAUCUGGAAGACUCAGGAGUGAAGCGUCUCUGUGCUGUACUGGAGAAUCCUCACUGUAAACUGGAGACACUGGGGUUGCGGGGUUGUGGUGUCUCAGAUGAAGGCUGUGCUGCUCUGAGUUCAGCUCUGAGAUCAAACCCUUCACACCUGAGAGAACUGAAUCUGACUAAGAAUAAUCUGGAAGACUCAGGAGUGAAGCGUCUCUGUGCUGUACUGGAGAAUCCUCACUGUAAAGUGGAGACACUGGGGUUGCGGGGUUGUGGUGUAUCACAUGAAGGCUGUGCUGCUCUGAGAUCAGCUCUGAGAUCAAACCCCUCACACCUGAGACAACUGGAUCUGACUAAUAAUAAUCUGGAAGACUCAGGAGUGAAGCGUCUCUGUGCUGUACUGGAGAAUCCUCACUGUAAACUGGAGACACUGGGGUUGCGGGGUUGUGGUGUAUCACAUGAAGGCUGUGCUGCUCUGAGAUCAGCUCUGAGAUCAAACCCCUCACACCUGAGACAACUGGAUCUGACUAAUAAUAAUCUGGAAGACUCAGGAGUGAAGCGUCUCUGUGCUGUACUGGAGAAUCCUCACUGUAAACUGGAGACACUGGGGUUGUGGCGUUGUGGUGUCUCAGAUGAAGGCUGUGCUGCUCUCGCUUCAGCUCUGAGAUCAAAUCCCUCACACCUGAGAGACCUGAAUCUGAUUGGGAAUAAAAUAGGAGACUCAGGAAAGAAGCUGCUCUCUGCUCUUCAGGAUGAUAAACAUUACAAACUACAGACACUCUGGGUGUGGUGAACAUCUGUGUGUGAGAUGAAGACUCUGGUGUUCCUGCAUUUCCAUGUUGGGGAACAGACAACACCAUUCAUAAACACGUCAGUCGUUUAGUUCUAACAAAUGAAAGAGACUUGGAGACGUGGUCAGUGUGUGUUCAUGGUGCACAGUGAAUCAGACUGCACACAAUUCUACACUGAAUGUGGAACAACUUGUGAUCUGCAUGAAACUGCCUGGACCUCAGUCCCUUAAAAACCCUGAAAGAGCAGGUGAAAAAGCACAGGGACUCGAGCUGAACCCAGUCAGUGGAAGAUGGAGCUGAAAUGGACAGGAACAGUUUCAGGACAUUGGUGGGAUUCUCACCUGACAGGAUCGGCAUUUGGGAAGUUAAUCUGAGGAAACCCCGAGGAGACUCACUACAAGGCACAUUUAUCACUUUGUCCUUUGGUUGGUAUUUAAUAUACUCACUGAGCACUUUAUUAGGAACACCUGGAUGGAACCGCCUUGUUGAUGAGAGGGUUCACCGGAGAACGGCCAGACUGGUUUAAGCUGACAGAAAGGCUACAGUAACUCAGAUAACCACU